GGAGGGAGAGGCUACGGGCGUACUUGUCUUGGCCGCGUGUUUGUUGUUGUUUUGGUGUUGGUCGGUUGUUGAUGCCGCAGGCGAAAACUGAUGAAGAAAAUGUCAGAAGAUUCCAAUUCCGCAAUUCUUGACUCUAUCUCCAAUGUAACGGAAGGAUGCCGAUUGCCAGUCCUGAUGAACAACGGGGAAGACUGGCCUUUGGCAGAGAUUAUCAGCAUUAAAGACACAGAGAGCAAAAAGCUUUUCUAUGUUCAUUAUAUUGACUAUAACAAACGUCUGGAUGAGUGGGUUGAAGAAGAUCGAUUGGACACAAGAAAAAUUCAAUAUCCCCGUAGAGAUUUGGCAUCUGCAGCAACUACUGGCCUUAAUACACCAAAGAAAACACUAACCGGCACUACCAAUUCACGUCCAUCUUCUCCGGGAUUAGCACCAGACCCAAUCACAGGCCCAUCAGUGUUAGCUGCCUUACAGCAAAAACAACAGAAGAAUAGAAAGAGGAAGUUGGACCAUUCUGAGAGCAAGUCUCCACCUGCACAGGAGGAUGAAGGUCGUAGGGCAUCAAUUGGAAGUUCUAUUGGAGGAUCUAUUGGAGGAUCUAUUGGAGGUUUGGGAGACAUUGAGAUACCGCCACUAGUAACUCCACAACAGACUGCUCCGAGACAGACUGGUUCUCUCGCAACCCAUUCAGAUGACCAUGCAAUCACGCGCAUCAAGAACAUGAAGAUGAUUGAGCUAGGAAAAUAUCGGAUAAAACCUUGGUAUUUCUCGCCUUAUCCGCAGGAAAUAACAAAUCUGGAUUGCAUCUACAUAUGCGAAUACUGUUUGAAGUACCGAAAAAGUCGGAAAUGCUUAGAAAGACACCUUCAAAAAUGUCCCUUCAAGCAUCCCCCGGGCAACGAGAUUUAUCGAAAGGGAUCCAUAUCGUUUUUUGAGCUUGAUGGGCGUAAAAACAAAUUAUAUGCACAAAAUUUGUGUCUUCUAGCAAAACUCUUCUUAGAUCACAAGACAUUAUACUACGAUACUGACCCAUUUCUCUUCUACGUUAUGACCGAAUACGACGCUCGGGGAUAUCAUAUAGUUGGCUACUUCUCUAAGGAAAAAGAAUCGUCUGAAGAUUACAAUGUAGCAUGUAUAUUGACUUUGCCUCCUUACCAACGAAAAGGUUAUGGAAAGCUACUUAUCGAAUUUAGUUAUGAACUUUCAAAAUUUGAAGGAAAGACAGGAUCACCGGAGAAGCCACUCAGUGACUUGGGACUGCUGUCAUACCGAUCCUACUGGAAACAAACCAUUCUCGAGAUAUUAAUUGCACUCAAACCUCAGGAAGGCCAAGAAAAGCCACAGUUGACGAUCAAUGAAAUAUGUGAGCAGACCAGUAUCAAGAAGGAAGAUGUUAUAUCAACACUCACUAAUUUAGAAUUAAUUAAUUACUAUCGUGGACAGUACAUUCUCACGUUAAACAAAGAUUUGGUUGAUAGCCACAAAAAAAUUAUGGAAAAGAGAAAAAUCAGAAUCGACUCUAAGUACCUUCACUGGACACCAAAAGACUGGGCAAAGAGAGGCAAGUGGUAGUUGGUCUGAGAAUUAUAAGAAAUAUUGCAUUAAUACGUAGUAUGUUGGUGUGUGCAUAUGUAUUAUGUCAUGCCUUGUACCCUCAGUCGACAAACACGUUAAAUUUCCCUACCAAUUUUAUUUAUCUAUUUAUUUAUUUAUUUAUCUAUUUUUUUAUUUUUUAUUGGCUGUUUAUAGGUUUUAUAAUUUUUGUAAAUUUUAAGAUUUAUCUUUUUGAGAAGGUUAGUAGAUUUAGGUCUAAAACCAGGAACUAGAACUAGUUAGGUUAUUCACUGCCAUGGAUUCCCAAGAAUGCGAUCUUCCGAUCUCUUUACAUAAAUGUCCCCAAUUAUUGCUGGGUGCACAGCAAUGGUGCUCAGUUAUUCUAUCUGGGGUCAUUCUCUCUUGUGAAGUGAGAUGGUGAGGGUGAUAACCAUUACACCACAGGGUGCUUUAACCCUUCUACUACAUGACAUGGCUGUGGUUGAUCUCGCAAAUUAUCCAUGAACUGCAUGACAUAGUUGGGGAAGUUUUAAAGUACCACAUAAGAUUUAAAACUCCCGCAAGUACACAAGAGCUUAGGUCUGCUUUCUCAGGCCUCCAAUAAAUAGACACAGUCUUGUAAAAAAUUUGUGGGUAACCCGGUCGUGGAGCCGGUCGGCCGAGCGGACAGCACGCUGGACUUGUGAUCCUGUGGUCCUGGGUUCGAUCCCAGGUGCCGGCGAGAAACAUUGGGCAAAGUUUCUUUCACCCUAUGCCCCUGUUACCUAGUA